GGCAUCAUGGCAGUCGAUAUGUCAGCUGGGAGAGACGACGGCCCCGUGUCCCAGCUCGGACGGAGGCUCAGUGGGAUGUGGGGCGACAAUGAGCCGCCCACAGAGGCCAAGAAGUGGCUGAAGCACAAGGCGGCGAUCGGCAAGCGCAGCACCACGGAGAAGAGCGAGGCGGCGUCGGCGGCGUGGGACGAGGCGUCGGCCGCGCUGCUGGUCGUAUUUCAGGGCUACGCGGCCAUCGGCACCCCUCUGCUCUGCCGCGAGUUCGAGCUGCUGAAGAGCGCGCAGGCGGAGGCAUACGAGGCCAUGUCGGCCGAGGUGGCCGCGCUGGAGCUGCAGCGCCCCAAGUACCAGGACGAGAGACCCGACGUCGAGCUGCCGGAAGUUGGAGGCGGGACAGUCGGCCUCGCUUCGCUCGCCCGCGCCUCCAGCGCGGCGUCGGAGCCCGACGAGGCCGCGCCACCGCUCUCUCCGCGGGCGGUAGAGGGGGAGGGGGGGGACUCGCCUUCCAACCCGACUCCGGUCGAGUUGAGCUGAGAUGCCUUUGGUUUCGGCGGUGGCUUACGUGGGAAAACGGUGGUGUUUCCGGCUGUGCCCGGACGGUACGUACGUUGGAGCGGGUGACAAAUCUACAAUGUGCAUGAUCCUGUUCCGACGACGCGGUUUUUCUUUUUCUUGUGCGCGAUACAUCC